AUGGGUUUAUUAUUGCUUCUAGCAGCUUUUGGCCCUUUUGCUAGUCAGGCAAAAGAGACGAAAGUUGAAGACUACGGCGUCCUCGCCCCAAAGUACUUCAACUUGGCGACGGGGAAGAAGAUCGAAGCAACUGCGACAUGCGGCACUCUCAAACCGGAAGUGUUUUGUAAACUCUCCGCCGGCUCCGACUAUCUUCAAGAUCCCGACGAGGCCCUCAUCCGCUACUUGGGAACUGGCACCGGUGGUCAAUUCUGUGACCUCUGCGACGAUACCAAUCCUGCCCGAGCUCAUCCGAUCGAGAAUGCCAUCGAUGGAACUGAGAACUGGUGGCAAAGUCCUCCCCUCAGCUCGAAUACCCUGGACAAGGAUUUCAACAAGGUCAAUGUCACCAUCGAUCUUGGACAGGUCUUUCAUGUUGCCUACAUUGUGAUCAAGUUUGCCAACUCUCCUCGCGCUGGCCGAUGGGUUUUGGAACGAUCGCUGGACGGAGAAAACUUCCAUCCCUGGCAAUACUUCGCCAACCACGGCAGCGACUGUCCCCCGAACUUUGGAAUUCAACACACUGGCGCCAACGAUUGGGUUUCUAUCGAUGACGAGGUUCGAUGCACUUCUGACUUUUCCGAAAUUCCGCCGCUCGAGAAUGGAGAAAUCAUCGUCUCGCUGAUCAAGGGUCGACCUGGUGCUGUCAACUUCUGGUCCAGUCCUACUCUUCAAGCGUGGACCAAAGCUCGCAAGAUUCGACUUCGAUUUGAGCUGGCGAAAACUCUUCUUGGCCAUUUGAUGGGAAUCAUGGAAAACGACGAGUCAGUUACGCGACGAUAUUUUUACUCGAUCAAGGAUAUCUCCAUCGGCGGCAGAUGCGACUGCAACGGUCACGCGGACGAGUGCUCAGCGGACAAGAACUCUGGCGACUACAAGCUUCGAUGCAACUGCAAGCACAACACUGCUGGAAUUUCCUGCCAGGAAUGCAUGCCGCUCUUUAACCAGCGGAAAUGGAAACACGCCGAGCGCGACCACGAAAACGAGUGUGUCGCGUGCAACUGUCAUCAACACGCUGAUGCGUGCUACUAUGACGAAAACGUCGAGCGCGAAGGCCGCUCCAUGAACAUCGAUGGCAUCUAUGAAGGUGGCGGAGUCUGCGUUGACUGCAAACACCACACUACUGGCAUCAACUGCGAACGGUGCGAAAAUGGAUUUUACAGAAAUCCAGCUGCUGAAAUCAUAGACGAGAACGCCUGUCUCGAGUGCGACUGCCCAAGCAACUACACCGACACUACUUGCGAUCACGACACGGGCGCCUGCAAGUGCAAGGAGAAAUACGCUGGCCAUUUGUGCAACUCUUGUGCCGAAGGAUUCAUGGACUUUCCUGAGUGCAAUCCUUGCCCAUGCUUUUACGCGGGAACCAAAUCGACUGAAGAAGCUUCCGGACAAUGCCGACCAGAUGAAGAAACUGGAAUCUGCGAGUGCAAGGAAAACUACACUGGUCCAAUGUGCGACCAAUGCGCCGACGGCUUCUUCAACUUCCCCGAGUGCGUUCCCUGCGAGUGCGCACAGCAGCCUGGAGCAGUGAAAACAGCCCCGUGCGACAAGGAAACUGGCGCCUGCGUCUGCAAACCAGCUUUUGAUGGUGAUAGCUGUGAGCAAUGUGCUACACAAUAUCACAACUACCCCGCUUGCGAUCGAUGCCUCUGCUCAAAGUACGGAACAACUGAAGAGUUUUGCAAUUCCACUCUUUCCACCCUCUCCUGUUUCUGCGACGAGCGAUUUGACGGAGCCAAGUGCGAAAAAUGCCGCGCCGGGUACCACACCUUCCCGGACUGUGGCGAGUGCACCUGCUCAGAGAUCGGUAGCGUUAAGAACGAGCCCUGCGAUAUUUACACCGGCCAAUGUGUUUGCAAAGAAGAAUACUCGGGUGUCAGGUGCGACCAGUGCGCUGACAACUACUACAUGGACGAGAGUGGCUUUUGUAAAGCCUGCGAGUGCGAUCUCAAUGGCGCAGAAUCGGCCUAUUGUGACAAGGUUACCGGACAAUGCCAGUGCCGAACAUCGCAAGAAACAGCUUCUCUCGGCCUUCCUCAAACAACUGGGCGAACUUGCAACUCUUGCGCGCUGGGCUUCUUCAACUUUCCGGAGUGCAAAAGCUGCCCUUGCCAUCCUGAUGGAAUCGCCAACCCUGACAAGGCCUAUUGCUCUUUCUUCGAAACUGGAAGCUGCACUUGCAAGAGAGCUACUGGGGGCAUGUACUGCGAGCAGUGCUUGAACAAACACUGGAAUCUGCAAGGAAGCAAUCCAGACGGCUGCGAAGAAUGCGGUUGUUUCCGGGCUGGUUUGCUCAACGAAAUAAAAGACUGCGCUUCCUCAGACGGACAGUGCAACUGCAAAAAUCAUGUCUGCACCAGAAAAUGUUCCAAAUGUCUCGAUGGAUUCUAUGGAUUGGAAGAAAAGGACUACUUCGGCUGCGUUCCUUGCUCUUGCGAUGUUGGCGGAACUCAAGGAGGAGCUCUCGCUCAAUGCGAAGCCAACGAUGGCCAAUGUACUUGCAAAGAUCACGUGAAAGGUCGAAGAUGUGACGAUGUCGAAUCUGGCUGGUAUUUCCCAACAUUGUACAAGUACAAAUUCGAGGCUGAGGAUGGAUAUCUCGAUUCUGGAGAACAUGUUCGAUACGGAGUCGAUAAAGCUCUCUUCCCAGACUUUUCUCUCCGAGGCUAUGCUGAGCUCUCAGACAUUCAGCCAGCAGUGGUAACCCACGGGGAAAUAGAGAAACCUCUUCCCAACGCGAUUCCACUGUACAAAGUUCUCAUCCGGUUCGUGAAUCCGACCACGAAACUCAUCACCGCGCGAUUGAACAUUUCCGAUUUGGCGUGCGUUGAAUCUGAUGAUCUCGUCGUUAAAUGCAAAGCUCCACAAAUCGUCGAGAUCAAGCUUCCUCAAUCAGCAGAGCCGUCUACCGUUUCCUUCAACACUGAUGCUGUUCUUUCUGAAGGCGAGUACAAGUUCCGACUUGAAAUCGACACUGAAGGAGCCGAGUUCAAAAAAGAAGGUGUCUUGGUUGACUACAUCGCUCUUCUUCCAGCAGAUUACUAUGAGCCGCGAAUUCUCAAGCAAAAAGUUGACGAGCCAUGCAAAUUCUCUGAAUCCAAGGGGUCAAAAUGCAUGAUGUAUGAUCACUUCCCCCUUCCGAUCGGAACUGUUGUCCGCGAAUACUCAACUUUCCGACUUCCACUCGCCGGCGACUUUGAAAUCAUCCCUCCCAUGGUCUACAAUACUGUUGCUGGACGAACACAGCCUUUUGAAAAGAUGCUCAUGUUGGACGGAACCAAAGCGGAAAACCUCUACGCUCAGAUCGACAUUCAAACAAAAGGCAAGUACGUCCUCGUGAUGGACUACGUCAACAGAGUUGAGCGAAUCCAACAAGUGCGAAUCGACGUCACCUACAGAAAACACGGAAUCGAGCGCGUCGAGCCCGGAUAUUACAAUGCCUAUGCUUGCAACUAUCUCUUCUCUUGCCGACAAGUUGGCGUGACUCUCAACCGAGAAGUUUCAGUGAUUGAUAUGGAUGCCGGUCCGAUCUAUCUUUCCAUCAGCCACGAAGGAAGAAUCCGAGACGAUCAAAUGCUCUUUAUCAGGAGAAUCCAUGUCAUUCCGUUUGAAGAUUGGUCCAUCGAAGUUGUUCAGCCAAAGAAACUAGGAAUUUCUAGCCACGGCCCUAAGUUUAUCAACCCUGAUGAAUCUGUCUAUCCAUCCACUCCAGCUGCUGCUACUGAAAUUCGUCUGUCAGACAGUCUUUGGUUCGUGCCUCCAGAGAAUGGAACCAAGGUUCAUGUCUCCACUGAACUUCACGCAGAGGAGCCAAGUCUCGUUGUCAUCCACUACUACAACGAAGAGAGUCUGAGCUACAACACAUCCAUUUUCAUCGAAUCUGCUGUUGAGUCUUUCCAUGGCACCGUCCGAAUUGAAUACUGCCAAUUGACAUCUGGCUGCCGAGCGAUUAUUUAUCUCCAAAAUGGCGAUAAGGUCUUCCCUUUCACAGAACAAGCAAUCACUCUUUCAAUCGAUUUCGAAGAAAACUCACCUCUCAGAAUCAAGAACUUCAUCGUCAUCCCGGAGACAAAAUGGUCAAUUGAACAACUUGAUCUCGCCGAACUCAACCACGCCGACUGGUUUAUUAAAAACUGCGGCUUCUUGAUCGACCCACGUGACGACGAUAUUCCAAAAAUGUGCAAAGACAACGCUUUGACCCUCGUCAUGUCGAACUCGAAUCCAAAGCAGUGUCAGUGUGCCACUGCCGGAACAGUUGGAUACAGCGAAAAGUGCGAAGCCUACGGCGGUCAAUGCGAAUGCAAGCCAAAUGUCAUCGGACGCGAUUGCUCAAGAUGCGAGGUUGGUUACUACAACUGGCCAAAUUGCAGAAAAUGCAAUUGUGUCGGAAACACGGUCUGCGACGAGAGCACUGGCGAAUGUCUCUGCCCAGCAAAUACAUCUGAAGAUUGCCUUAGCUGCCAGGAUGAUGCUUACGGAUACCAUCAUAUCACAGGAUGCAAGCUUUGCAACUGCAACGCUGAAGGAACCAUCGGCGCUUCUGAAAGCUGCGACGACCACAACGGUCAAUGCGCUUGCCUACCCUUCAUCACUGGUAAAAGCUGUGAUCGAUGUCUCCCUGGUUACUACGGAUUCCCCAACUGUAAAAAAUGCGAGUGCGAUGAGCGCGGUACCAUCGGGGACAAUAACCAGUGCGAUGUCAAAACAGGAGCUUGCCAGUGCAAAGAAAACGUCGAAGGCACCAGCUGCUCUCGCUGCAAAGCCGGUUCCUUCUUCCUCGAUUCUCAGAAUCCAGCUGGCUGCAUUUCCUGCUACUGCUCCGGUUUAAUCCAACUCGAGACCGGUCAUGCUGAUUGUCGACCAUCCGACUUUGCUGUUCUCUCCGUUUCUGACAUGUCUACAGCUGAAGACUGGCGUGUUCAAGGAAUGAUCUCGCCUAACUACGAAAAAGCCCUCUUUGCCUUUGAAAACUCCAUCACCUUGGAAGUCAAUAAAGCAGGUGGCCAAGCUCUUCGAUCCGACUCUCAAGCUCGAAAGCCUCUUUACUGGGUCGCUCCUGUGAAGAAAUACGGCGGUAACAGACUUGGCGCUUACGGUGGAUUCCUUGAGUACACAAUCACCUGGGACGAAGAAGAGCACGACAAGGCUGCAAACAGCGCUUUCUCGUCGCUCAACACUGAUCCAGAUCUCUAUCUUGACGGUAAUGGACUCAGCAUCUACUGGAAAUCCGACGAACAUCGAUCCGACUCAAACUCAAUGACCGUCCGAGUUCCACUCAUGGAAAACGGUUUCUUCUCGGCCCUCACUCACCAACCUAUCUCUCGAAACGAACUGCUCAAGGUUCUUCGUGACUUGACCGGCAUCAAAAUGAAAGCUUCCUAUCCCGUUGCCGUCUCUGAAAUUCAAAUUUCCAAUCUGAUCCUCGAAGAUACCGACUUUACCGACCAACUUGAGAUGCCAUAUUCUGAUUCUUCUGAAGCUUCUCGAUACGCUCACCGCUCCCGCGUCGAAGUCUGUACUUGCCCAGAAGGUCACGUGGGACCGAGUUGCGAGGAGUGUGAUAAAGGCUACUACUGGGAUAAGUCAAAUACUGAAGGUUCUCGAUACCAGCGCUGCCAGAAAUGCAAAUGCAACAACCACUGCGAUGAAUGCGACGAAGACGGCUACCCUCGAUACUGGGAUACCUCGUCUCUCCUUGGCGAGCAAACUUUCAUCCUCUUGAACAAUGUUACCAGCGAUGUUUCUAGCCAAUACAUUGAAGGUGUUGAACAAGACGGCAGCGAAAUCUACAUUCAAGAUUCGGCAAUGAAACUGGCCGAGAGUACAAUUGAGCUCUCAACCUGUCUUGACAAUACGAUGGGCACAAACUGCGAGUUCUGCGCCGAGGGAUUCAUUGGAUACGCCAAAGGUGGAACUUCUGCCGAUUGCAAACCCUGUCCUUGCCCAAGCGAGCACAACUCGCACUCCAUCUCUUGCUUCCACCAAGUCAAGGAUGAAAAGAUUGCCGACUACUCUGAGUUCACGGACUUUACAAACAUCUUCAACCCUGAUAAAAAGGAUGAUUUCGACGUUGUUUGCAACUGCAAGCCAGGAUACACCGGCGCUGCCUGUGAAAAAUGCGAUGCUGGUUGGUUCGGUCGCCCAAAUAUGAUCAACCAAGAGUGCAAAAAGUGCGAUUGCAAUGGCAACUCUGACCUUUCCACCGGCAACGUUCAGUGCGAUGAUCAAGAUGGAACUUGUCUCGCUUGCAUCAACAACACUGCAGGAAAACACUGUGAAAAAUGCGCUCCUUUCUAUUUUGGAAACGCGAUUGAAAAGUCUUGCGAGGAGUGCAACUGCAACAUCUGCGGCUCUCAAGGAUGUGACAACAUCUUCGGCGACUGUCAGUGCAAACCAAACGUCGUUGGCGAGACAUGUGAUCAAUGUGCUGAUGGCUUCUGGGACUUUGAUAGCUGUCACAUGACUGGAUGCAAAACUUGCGCUUGUGACAAGAACGGUUCUACAUCUGAUGUUUGCGACAAACUCACUGGACAGUGCACUUGCAAGCCUGGUGUUGAAGGACUCAACUGCGACAAAUGCCAAGAAGGUCACUAUGAUCUGACUUCUUCCGGCUGCAAGCAGUGCAAUUGUCCACCUGGUCUUCCAUGUGACUCUCAGACCGGCCGAUGCGAGUGCCCUCCAGGAGUAAUUGGCGCGCAAUGCGAUCAAUGCGAAAACCCACGAGCAGUUACUCGUCUAUCAGGACUAAACACCAAAUGCGAACCGUGCUCAUCUUGCAUUGACUGGCUUCUCGGUCCUCGAACAGAAGGAGACUGGGAUGAAUUCCUCGGAUACGAUGAAAAAUCUCUCGAUAUGUACACUACUGAAGUGUCGAUUCGCCUGACUGAUCUGGAAGUCACAAAAGCUGGUGGCCUUGCUUAUCGGAAACUAAAUAUCAUGGACAAGGAGCUCAAGGGACUCAAAAAUCAUGUGAACUCGUUGGAACGAAAUCUCAUGGGCUACUCCUCGGGCGAUCAGGUUCGCGAAUUCGAAAAGAUGUACAACUCAAUGAUCGGAACUUGCCACGACGUUCAUGAAUACGAAGUCAGAACAAAACUAUCGACUGAUGAGUCCAAGCAUAGAUUCGAGGAGUCGACCGUUCUUUCGACAGAUUUGGAUGAAUUGAGCUUCCGAGCUAUGGAAAUCGCGAGAAAGAAGCAAAUUGACUUCGAUGAAUUCGACAAUGUCUGGGUUCCAACUGCCCAAGAGAUUAUUUUCAACAUCACAAACAUCCAUUAUCACGAAGUUUUGCGUCUCGAAAACAACGAAGCCACAGUUGAGGAGCAAAUUCUAGCGACAGAGACAUUGGAAGAUGUUAAUCGACGAUACAAUGUCACUAAGCUUUCUUCCCGAGGAGGUCUUCUGAUUGAAGAAAUCGAGGAAAAGAAAGCCAAACUCGAUCAGUUCAAAGAAACUCUCGAUCAAAUCACUGAAGAUCUUUCUUAUGUCAUGGAUUUGACUGAAAUCAACAACAAGACGAUCAUGCAGAUUCACUCGGACGCCAACGACUACAAAGCCAGCUACUAUGAAACGUCCAAAAUACUCAAUGACGCAAACAUCAUGAACAAUGGAACUCGCCAUGAUUACUCUACCCUAUCUGGUGAAGAUCCAUUGGCUCAAUUCGAAAAUUCCAUCUACCGACUCAACAAUGAUGCGACCAUCAUUUCAGGACUCGAACAAAUCGAAGAGCGAAUGGAAAAAUCGAAAGCGGUCAUCGAGCAGAUUGGAGAAGAAGAGCGAGACUGGGUUGCCGACGCUGGAAAACACGCUGCCAAGAUUGAGCAAAUUCACCGCGAUUAUGAGAUUUUCUUCACUAAAGUCUCUCCUGGACUUGACAAGCAAAUUGAAGUGUUGCGUGCUCAAAAUAUUGACCAAGUUAUCAAAAAUUCUUUCGCCGAAAUUGAGUCUGCCCAGGAAUUGCUCGAUGGUAUUGAUGGGCGACUUCCAUCAAUUACUGAAAAAUCAGAAGCUGAAUCUACCUGCAGCGGAGUGCUUGAAUCUCUCUACGCAACUGACAAGAAACUUGAUGAAACUCAGAACCAUCUGAAUCUCCUCAUCAAAGAAAAAGACCCUCUUGAUGCUCAGUUUGCGAAACUAGAUGAAAUCUACAACGAACCUGUUGAUAUGGAAGCCUAUCAAACUCUAAUUGACAACUUGGACAUCUUCAACGAGAUAAAUAAAACAGUUCCAGUCGAUGACAUCUUCAAGACCGGCAAAGAAAUCAACGAUAAUCUUGAAAAAGUCAAAACUUCGUACGAUCACAUUUCGAAAUACACUGAAGAAGCAACGCAGAUGCUUGAAGAAACCGAAAACAUCAUGAAAUCGUGCGGCGACAAGGUUGUCGAAAUCGCCACCGGUGUCAACGAAGACAACUUCGCUGAGAUUAAUAAUGAAAUCAACGAGAUCGCCAAGGAUACUGAUGAUAUGUUUGCAGAAAUGCAAAAGAGCAUUGACGAGAUCAUGGAGCAAAUUGAAAUGUCAAAGACUCUCGUAAACUACAUCUCCAACAAGAUUCCUCUCCAGAUCAAGGACGAUGAAUAUACAAUCUACGACAUCUCUGAGGUCAAAUUCCCCGUUGAGCUUGUCGACGAAGUCAAUCUUGAAAUCCUUGUUCGGCCUCGUAAGCCAUCUGCUCAUGUUUUCACUCUGUUCGAGUCCGAUUCCAGCUUCUUGACUCUUGAAAUUUUGGAAGGAAAGCCCCGAGUCGUCUUCAAGAACACCGCUGAUGCCGAUUCAGUCAUUUUGAAAUCAGACACUGAAGUUUUCCGACCCGACAGCACCUGGCAGAAAAUCCGAGUUCGACGAUCCGUCGAUCAGUUAGUCCUCCAUGUCUCCAAGCUUGAUGAUUCAUCGAGAUCUUCUGAAGUUUUCGCAACCUUCCCAACGCAAGAAAAUACCUUUGUUUCCAAUAAAACUACCUUGAUUCUUGGUGCUCUCCCCGAAUCACUUGAUGGUGUCAAGAGUACUUCGACGAAAAUGGAACUCGCAGAAGUCGUCCUCAACGGUCGCGAAAUCUUUGUUUGGAAUUUCGACGAGGCAGCUGAGGAUUUCAGCCGAGAACAGCAGCAUCUCAACUGGGAACAGAUUCUAGAAACUUCGCCGAUCAAGGAAACAGCCGGUUGCUACCAGUUCUCCGGUGAGAAUUCAUGGGCUCAUCUCGAUGAUGAAUCGCACUCAAAAUACAUGGUCAACCAGGACUCCGGAACUAUCGUUUUCCAGAUGAAGCUUCGAGCGACUACCCAAGCUGAUGCGCUGAUCUUCUUCAUCGGCGAUCCACUUCAAAAAGAUUACUUCCUCGCCCUUGAACUGCAAAAUGGCGAGCCUGUCUUCUCAUACAAUCUUGGUUACAAAGCAGGACCAAAUGCAGUCCGACUUGAGCGACCAAAGACGAACGAUCCUUACAUCCCUACCGCAUUCGGAAUGAAGCCAGAGCACGUGACAAGAAUCCAACGAGAGUCAAACGAGCUCACUCUUCGAAUCGGCAUGGUUGGUGGCGUCGCUGGAUUGUCGGUAAAAGAAUGGAACGUAAACAAAGUCGUCUCUGUUGAAAACGAUUUCUACAUCAAAAAGAAGAGCAAGACUUGCCACGGCUGCGAGUUCCGAAUCUCCAACCAAAUUCAUCUCGGUGGUUUCCAACCAAUCUACGGCGAUUUGAGCCAUCUGUCAGAAUACGUUCCAAUGUACAACAAGCGAUACACCGGUUGCUUCGGCAAAACAGCUAUCAAUCACAAGCCUUUGGAUCUCGCUCCUGGUUCUUCUGUCAUGAAAUCAGGAAUCUUGCCUGGGUGCAAAACCCCUAAUCUCCAGAAAGUCUCAUUCAACGGAAACGAAGCGAUUAUUCGAAAGAACUUGAAGGGAACUUUGAGCAAUUUCAGAGCCGUCUUCAGUUUCACUAUCCAAGCUGGUUACAAUCUCCGAAACUCCGUCCUUCUCCGCGCUCACAAUCCAAACGGCCAGCGAUUCGUUGAGUUCGGCAUCACACCAAACGGCGAUCAAACCAACUUCUUCAUCAAAACUAACAAAGAAGAAGAAACCUUCUCCGUCCCAGUUCGUGUCGUCGCGGAAGAGAACAUCGCUGUCUCCAUCGAACGCAAAAAUGGCGAGGGAUUGUUCGUUUCCAUCAACGGCCACGAAGAAAAAUUCGAAGCACUUGAACUGGCAGAAGUGGAGAAUGAAAGCAUCGAGCUGACUCUCGGCGGUCGAAAUGUGAAAAACCAGCGCGUCCAGCAACCGUUCUUCGGCUGCAUGACAGUUCCUUUCAUCGAAAAUCUCCGGGAUGAGAAGAACGUCUUCCUGGCAACUGCUCUUGACGGCUUCCUCUGCCACGACAGGACCAGAAACAUCUGCCAGGGGCAAUUGCGCUUCAACGAAUGCCACGCGAAUGUUCCUCAAAGCUUGAUGUCCACUCAUGUCGUCGAGAUGUCGGUCGAUUCUGCCAGCUCUCGGGAACACCAGCGCUCGAGAAAGGUCCACCACGAGAAGUGCGAGCAUUUUGAUCAACGAAUCCCAGAAGUUGAGAAAUUCAUGCUGAAACCAGAUAGCUUCUUGAAAUUCAACCUCCGCAACGGCGAAAAGAUCAACCGGUUCGAACUCGAUCUCGACGUUGAAAUUGAAGAGAAAGACGGAACUAUCGCCAAAUUGACAAAUGACGACUGCAGUGCUUACGUUUCCCUGGUCGUUGUCAAUCAGCAGCCAAGCUUGUACAUCUCCGACGGGCAGAAAGAGAUAGACACAGUGGAUCUCAAGAAGAACUUGCCAGUCAACAAGCGCGUGCAGAUCAGAAUCGAAGCGAGAGAAAUGAGCCGCGGAAAAACCAAGUUCAUCUUGAGUUUCGACAGAUAUUCCGAAAACAAGCGAUUGCGAAUUGCCAAGAAAUCAUUGAGCACUCUCUUCAUCGGUGAAACUCCUCUCAAAUGCCCUUCCACCAUGGACAAUGUCGAGGGCUUCAGCGGAGCAGUCUUCGAUGUAAAGAUGAACGAUCGAGAAAUGAAUCCAAAGCGAAUCCAGAACUCUCCCGCCAUUCUUUCUCGACCCGGCGAUGUUGGUUUCUUCUCUCCUCGAGGAACCGCCAUUGAUUUUUCUCUCAAAGAACGUCUUGAAAAAUUCGAAGUCACGCUCACUCCCACAGACGAGAAAUUCGAGCUUGUAGAAAUUUUCAACACUGAAAAAGAUGAGCGAAUGGAAAUCAAAGUCGAAAAAGAAGAAGUCGUCGCUUACAUUUACAUCGCUAAGGGUGUAGCUCGCGUUUCUGUAAGAAACAAAGACUGCAGAUCUCAACCUAUUGAAAUUUCAGUCGAAUUCAAGAACGAAGGCAGUGACGAGCAGGUGAUUCUCAAGGUCAACGAUUCCACAAAGAAACAAACUCUUCGCGAUCACAUGACCGUUCUCGACGGCAGCGUCAGCUUCAAGCGUCUCUCCGGCUGUCUGACAGACUUCUACAUGAACGACGAGCCAGUUUCUUGGGAACCAGAAGCCAACGAUCAACUGAAUAUUCGCGGAAACUUUUACUCCCUAACUUGCCCGGUCUAA